AUGAAUCGCUGCCCAGUCGAACUGUGGGCCCUCAUUUUCGCCCAUGCGUGUUCUGACGACGGUGGAAAGACGUAUCGCUCACUAGCACUCGUCUCUCGGUACUUCCACUCAACGUCAAAGCAUCUGCGAUUUCUAUCCAUAGACAUCAAAGAUCCACAAGGCGCCGAACUGCUCUCUGACGUCCUCGAGCGCGAAUUCCUAGUUACAUUUCCGUUCCACCCACCCAAUCCUCCUAGAUUCCGCCAUCUUGCCCUCACUGACCGGCAUCCGGAUCCCAGUCACGUCUAUGGCCCCUCUGACGCCCUCAAGCUCUCCCUGGCAUUCGAGCGCAUCCUACACACUGCGGCUCCGACGCUCGUCUCCCUGACCAUCGACAAAUCGUACUUCAGUCGAUUCGCACACAAUCUCGUCCCCGGGUGCCUCCCCGCCCUCGUCGAACUCUCGCUCACGAACCUCGAGUCAUUCCCAACUUCCAGACCGGAUAACAAGAGCGAAGGAUUCUCGGCACCGCUGCCCUCGUUGAGACGACUUCACGUCCAUUUCACGGAGAGCACCGAUAUGGAGUGGUACCGGGCCAAUCUGUUCGACGCUCUGCCUUGGAUCGCGCCACACCUCGAUGUGUUCCAUGUCGAGGGGAUGUUUUGGUACGCUGGGAUCGUGGAGUUUAUCAGUAGGACGAUAUAUUGCGAGAGUGGGAUCGCUCGAGAGCACCCUUCCCCGCGCCCGGAAGAGCCAUACCCUACGCUUCCGGGAAUCGCUCCAUCCUUGGCAGACUUCCGGAUCGGCACCUCGAACUCCAUCUCGAGGUCGUCCAUCGUUCAGCUGGCAGACGAGACAGAUAGUGAAAAUGCGAGGGAGAGGCGACGGCAGCUAUCACUCAAAGCCCAGGGCUACAAGUCCAGGACCCACAUCGCAUCCUUCUGGCGUCGUCUGCGUGUCGUGAUCGUCCCGAUACCCUCGCUCCACGAAUAUCCGGGCUCGUACCCCAAUCUGAGUGGACAGAUCGACGAUGCAACGACACACUUUCCGAUCUACAUGAGCAAGACGGCGUUUGGGUUCAUGAUCAAGCUUUUCGACGAGCUCGCGCAGAGGGAUGAGGAGGGGAGGUUAAUCGUGAUUGAUGGGUCGCGGGAGGCAUUGAGGAGAGAUGAGAAGAGUAAAGGUUGGGCGGGAAAGUUGAGGAAGUUGUUUACGCCGGCGCAUAGUCGAUGGACCUAG